UGGUGAGCAUGCGCAGGUGUGUCGGCCUGCUCCUGGAAUUUAAGAGGUACGGAACCGGCGCCGGCGAGUAAGGGUCAAGUGUGACCCACGGUUUUUCAGUUCUGGAGUGAUUACCGACGCAAGCCCCCUUCCCCGACCGGGCUGGCGACAUGUGCGGCUCCUCUGAACUGGCUCCUGGGUGUGACUGAACUCAGCCCUGGCUGGGAGCGGUACUUGCAGGCAUCACGCGGCCCCGCGGGCAGUGAGGAGGCGGUUUCUCAGUUACCUGAAUAUUGGCUGUGUGUCUGAAGCUCCUGGAACUUUUCUCACUGCAUAUAUACAUUGUACACAAGUGCUGAGCCCCAGCCUGAGAAUUAUUGGAAUCUUCUGGUAAGACAAAUUUGAACUGCAGGGGUAGUUCUGUGGAGGAAGAUGCAUCCUUUGAGCAAGCUGAUGACUAUCUCAAAACCUCAUAACCUGGCUCAUGAACAAAGUGAGGUCCUGAGAGCAAAUACGUCUUGGCAGCAGGAAACCAUCCCAGUCAUGGAGACAGAUGACUGUGAGGCCUCUCGUCAGAAAUUCAGUCAUUUCCAGUAUUUGGAAGUGUCUGGGCCUUGUGAAGCCCUGAGCCAACUCUGGGAGCUCAGUCUUCAGUGGCUGAGACCAGAAAUUCAUACAAAGAAGCAGAUUCUAGAGUUAUUGGUGCUGGAGCAGUUCCUGACAAUUCUCCCCGAAGAAGUCAGGACUUGGGUGAAUUUACAACAUCCGAAGAAUAGCAAAGAAGUGGUGAGCCUCAUGCAGGAUGUGAUUGAUAUGCUUGAAGAUGAAGCAGAGCCAGAGGUCGCCAAACUCUCAGGAGCCUGCACGAAGCAUAGGUAUCAGGUAGAGCUGAACAAGGCAGACCUUCCUAUUGGGCACAGAAAUUCUGAAGUGACUGACAAGGAGACUGCAGCCCGGCCAUGGGCCAAGUUCUGCUGUGUCCCCCACCUCAAGUCAGGCUGUAUCUCUUCUUCCCAGUAGUUUACAGUUCUGGUGCCAAAGGUUGACACUUAAAUGUUUAGGUUCGGUUCAUUUUACACACUUUGUCGAAAACCCAUGUGCUGUUUUUAUUAUACAUUUUUCUGAUUAUGGUUUUAAGUACAGGUUCAGUCAUUUCCAUGUAAUUUCUAUGUAAUUACAAAAUUUCUCAACCUCAAAAUUAUGUAUCUGCAUUAAAAUUCUGCAUUCAUCUCUAAUAUGGGGAGGAUAAUGAUGGCAUUUAAAUCACAGUUAUGAGAAGAAAAUGAGACAAUGAAUGUAAAGCAUAAAGCAUAAAUCUAUUACAUUUUUAGUAAAUAUUGCAGCUUCAUCAUCAUUAUGAUCAUCAUUUUCAUUUUUAAUGUUAUUACUAUCGUAUAAUAAAUAUAGCUCAUUGUAGAAAAUUUAGUAAUCCAUAAAAAUAGAAACAAGAAAUCACCUUUUUACAGCACUUGGAAAUAGAUCACUUUAAAAUUUUGAUUAUAACCUUUCAGCCUUUUUAUACAAAAAAUGUAUUUACAAAAUUAGAAAUUUAGCAUAUAUGGGCAGUUUUGGCAUCUUAGUUUUUCGUUAAUAUUAUACUGUGAUUAUUGCAUUACACUAUUAAACAUUCUUCAAAAUUAUUUAAAUGAUUGCCUGAUUUUCUUUAAAUUCAUGCUUUAUAAGUGAACCUUUCAUUCACCUAUCUAUUAAUGAUCAUUUUCAAAGUAUCACUAUACUGGUCAGCACUGAACAGACACAUAAAAUCAUUGCCUCCAAUUCUUCUACCAGAGGAGUUCUUGAAUCAAAAUGUAUGAACAUUAUAGGAUCCUCACACAAUUUGUGACAAACUGAGGCUAAUUUGCAUAGCCUCAAACAGAAUAAGAUAUUGCUUACUAACCAAUACUUACUAGCACUGAGUAUUAUACUUUUCAAUAUUUCAAAUUGAUGAAGAAAUUAAGUUUCUAUCUUAAUUUUUAACUUUAUUACUAGCAAAAUAGAGUAAUUUUCAUAUGCUUACUGGCCAUUGGAACUUUUUGGUGAAAUAAAUCUUUGUGUCUUAUAUUUUUCUUUUGAGGACAUUGUGUCCUUUUAACGGGAUUUCUAUAGCAUAUUAUAUAUUAGGUAGACAAACACUUUUAUUAUUUGUUGCCAUUAUUACAAAUAUUUUCCAGCUUGUCAUUAAGUUUUCCCUUUUGUUUAUGGGUUGUUUUGUGUUAUAAGUGUCUUGUUCUUAAUAAUAUUCAAGUAUUUGUUCUUCAAAUUAAAAAAAAUACAUUUUUACUGUGGAUAAUGUAAAAAAUAUAAAAUGUGAGGAAGAAAUUUAAAACUCUUGGAAUUGUUCCACUAAAAUGUUAAUGAAGAAACAGAACUGAAGGCUUUCUAUAUGUAUUAUGUAAUACAUAUAUAAAUUUUCUAUUUAAAAUAAAUGUUUUAUAUUAAAUAUACUAUCUUGUAGCACACUUUAUCAACUUAGC